AUGGCAAUCUAUUCGUUUUGGAUCUUUGACAGGCAUUGCAAUUGUAUAUUUGACAGAGAAUGGACACUCAAGGCAAAACAGUCUAGUGGAGUCGUGAACUCCAAACAGAAUGAAGAUACGGCGAAGCUUUUGUUUGGCAUGAUUUUUUCAUUGAAAUCCAUAUGCCGGAAACUUGGCAAUGAAGACGUUAGCAACGAGAUCAGGACCAUAGCAACAGGGAAAUACAGGGUGCAUGUUUUGACAACUGCGUCAGGAUUGUGGUUGGUAUUACUUACAGAUGUGCAGCAAAAGAAUGUCAGCGAGGUACUUCAUCACCUUUACGGUGAAAUUUAUGUGCCUAGUGUAGCCGAGAAUUGGCUAUCUCCAAUUGAUUUUGCAGAGAAAGAAGAGGAGAAGAUGGGUCAAGGUUUCAGGAAAAUUCAAAAUCGUUAUUUUUUGCGUGCCGUGGAACAAUAUUUGAGUCCCAUGGUUUCACGCUAA